AUGCAAGACAAGGAUUUGGGAUUAGAUAUUAAUAACUUGAAAAUCAACACUAGUGUACCUAGUAGCAAACCACCAUCAGUACCACCUCCACAAAUGCCACAGCCUCCACAAUCAUCAGAUGAACAACAACAACAACAACAGCAAGAAUCAACACGCGUUAAACCACCUACAUCAGUGCAAUUACCUUCUAAUCCCGUACCGACCGCCUCACUUGGGAACCCUCCAUUGAUUUCUCCUUCUUCAGCACCAUUACCUCAUAUUCAAGCAAAACUAAUGGCAUUCCAACAAGGACGUUCUAAAGCUACUUCUACAUCAGAUAUUGGUUCCCCUAAAACGCAAAGUCCACUGGGUACUCCUGGCGAAUUGGCCAGAAGAAUAUCGGACCGUAAAAAGCCAAAUUUUAAACUAAAUUUGAAUGAUCCAGGUAAUAAUAAUAAUAAAAGUCCUCUGGGUACACCUGGAGAAUUGGCUAGAAGAAUGUCUGAUCGUAAGAAACCAAAUUUCAAACUAAACUUGAAUGAUUCAACUAAUGGGAACACUAGUACUUCCACUACUCCACCAAAAUCAGAUAGUCCAACCACAAAAAAGGAUGAACCUCAAUUACAAGGAUUAUUUGCUAAUUAUUCCAAAUAUGUUGAUAUCAAAUCAGGACAAUUAAAUUUUGCUGGUAAAGCAUCUUUACAUUCUAAAGGUAUAGAUUUCCUGAGUGGGUCUUCAUUUAGAAUUUCAUUUGAUGAAUUUGAAUAUUUGGAAGAAUUAGGUCGUGGUAAUUAUGGGUCGGUGCUGAAGGUGUUGCAUAAACCAACAGGUGUCUUGAUGGCAAUGAAGGAAGUUCGUUUAGAAUUGGAUGAAACUAAAUUCACUCAAAUUUUAAUGGAAUUGGACAUUUUACAUAAAUGUGAUUCUCCAUAUAUUGUUGAUUUCUAUGGUGCCUUUUUCGUUGAAGGUGCUGUUUAUAUGUGUAUUGAGUAUAUGGAUGGUGGUUCAUUAGAUAAGAUUUUUGGUCAUAAUAUUGGGGUUAAGGAUGAACUUGAAUUGGCAUACAUCACAGAAUCAAUCACGCUUGGGUUGCGUGAGUUAAAAGACAAACAUAAUAUUAUUCAUCGUGAUGUCAAGCCAACUAAUAUUUUAGUCAAUACACAAGGUAAAGUUAAACUUUGUGAUUUUGGUGUUUCUGGUAAUUUGGUUGCAUCCUUGGCUAAAACAAACAUUGGUUGUCAAUCAUACAUGGCACCAGAAAGAAUCAAAAGAUUGAGUCCUGAUGAUGCAACUUAUUCUGUUCAAUCCGAUGUUUGGUCAUUGGGUUUGACAAUUUUGGAAUUGGCUGUUGGUCACUAUCCAUAUCCACCAGAAACUUAUGACAACAUUUUUUCUCAAUUGAGUGCUAUUGUUGAUGGAGAACCACCAAAACUAGAUCCCCAAAUUUAUUCCAAAGAUGCUCAAUAUUUUGUUAAAUCAUGUCUUAAUAAGAAUCCUGAUUUAAGACCUUCUUAUGCUGCAUUAUUAAAUCAUCCUUGGUUAGUUAACAUUAGAGAUGAAAAAUUACAAAUUGCUGAAUCACAUUUGGCAGACACUGUUAAAGAAAGAUUAGUACAAAUUGAAGAAGUUGAAAAGACUAAAAGUGUCAGUCGAUCCAAUAGUGGUUCUAGAUCAAUGGCUGCAGUUCCUCCUCCUGCUAAUAUUGAAAGUGUACAAUCAUUAUUAAGAAACAAAGUGAAAGCUCCCGCAUUACAUAGAGGUGGGCUACAAAAGGUUAAUAGAAGCUUUCUUAAUGAACGUGAGUAA